CUUACGUCCUCGAGUGCUCUACUCUCUUCUCCACGCAGCUUUACAGUUACACAGCUACAGCGCUUAUUUCAUUCACUUGACUUGAUUUAUUCUCAGAAAAAUGGCUUCUUUAAUCAGGAGGAUUGUCAGCACAACGAAAGCUCCUGCUGCUAUCGGCCCGUACAGCCAAGCAGUGGUGGUAGAUCGGACAAUGUACAUCUCAGGACAGCUGGGGAUGGAUCCUGCCAGUGGACAGUUGGUGGAAGGUGGCGUUCAGGCUCAGACCAGACAGGCUCUUGUAAACAUGGGUGAAAUCCUGAAAGCUGCUGGCUGCAGUUAUGAGAAUGUUGUCAAAACCACAGUGCUCUUAGCUGACAUGAACGACUUCACUAAUGUCAACGAUGUCUACAAGCAGUUCUUCAGCACUAACUACCCGGCCAGAGCUGCCUACCAGGUCGCUGCUCUUCCCAGAGGUGGACUGGUUGAGAUCGAAGCAGUUGCAGUUUUGGGCCCUCUGACCGAUGUUUCCUAACAAUCUAUCAAAGAAUAAAAACUGGAAAACCCACGAUCACUGAAAAACACAUGAGCCUUGUUUUGUAGACCAAGCAAGAAUUGAUUAAACAUAGUACUAAUUAUUUUUAUUAUAGCUGUAUCAUCUUUUGUGCAUCAAGGGCUCUGGCACUGUCACAAAUAUGUCAAGGGUCACUUUGGAGACCAACAGCAGUCCAGCCCAGAGCGCUGUCUCCUGUAUCAUUAACAUUGAUAAGACAUGUUUGGACACAACACUGCUCAUAUUUCUCUUACAAUAGCUAAAAAGUAAGUAAGCUUGUAAUUGUGUUAAAUUACUCUACCAACCUGUGUUGUCAUGACUGUAUCCUCUCAUAAUAUAACUCAAUAAUAAAUGUUUUUAAUCUA